CGCGUGUGCAGUAGCUCCCUCUUUUUCUGUUUAGGGAGGUGUUGGUGAAGUCGUUCCUGUUUUCACUGAAACCGGCCCUGACUUUUCUCGAAUCACCAUGCAGCUGUUUCUACACGCUCAGAAGACCCACACGCUUGAUGUGAAUGGAGAAGAGACUGUUAGGCAAAUUAAGGCCCAUGUCGAAUCCCUAGAAGGAGUCUCUGCUGUUGACCAAGUGCUCCUCUUGGCUGGUACUCCCUUAGAUGAUGAUGCCAUCAUAGGCCAAUGUGGUAUAAAUGAGCACUGCACACUAGAAGUAGUUGCUCGAUUGCUGGGUGGCAAGGUCCAUGGAUCCCUUGCUCGUGCUGGGAAAGUGAAAGGUCAGACUCCCAAGGUUGCAAAACAAGAGAAGAGGAAAAAGAAGACUGGCCGUGCAAAGAGGCGCAUGCAGUACAAUCGUCGUUUUGUAAAUGUUGUGCCAUGCUUUGGAAAGAGGAAGGGACCAAAUUCAAACUCCUAAAAUGUUGUUUUUCAUCAAACUCAAUGAAAUGAAUUGAUAUCUCUGCCUCCCUACCUUACAGACUGGCUCACUCAACUGGAGCUAUUUCAGAAAUGAAGUAAUUGGUUUGUAUUCAAAUUCUGGAUUGUGAUUAAUAAACAUUUAUUUCCAGCA